AUGACACCGGCCAAAUCCCGCUCCGAGGGCAACUGGACCGACGCCGAACGCGCCACCAUGGUCCGCGAAUUCAUCGCUACCUGUCCGCCCAGUGCCGAGUUUUUCCACCGCAUCGAAGCGCUGUUCCCCCAACAUACGCCCAAACUCAUUCGUCAGCAGUGGAAACGUCGUAUCGAAAAGGAAUUCCUCUCCCUCUUUGGCGGCGGCGGCGCCGGCAGCAGCAGCAGCGGCGGCACCGAGGAUGGCGCUGGAGAGGAAGAGGGACGCACCCGGUCGACGAGGAAGAGGAAGAGGCAGGCCGCGGCCGAGGGAAAAGUCAAGCAGAGCGACGAGGAGCUCAAAAUGGAGGGCAAGGACGAGGUCGAGGAUGAGGUCAAGGACGAAUAA